AUGGUUGAUAAUCCAGCCGCCUGGAGAAAAGCAAGCGACGUAAAUUGGCAAGCGCUGGUCGAUUUCACGUUGAAGGGCGUCAAGCAUAUGAGGAAAGACGAGGGAGGAGCCGGAGGAACCAUCAUAAAUGUAUCCUCAGUCGCAGGGCUAUGCAGAUUCUCGUUUAUGCCUAUUUAUUGUGGCUCAAAAGCUGCGGUGCUUCACUUUAGCCAGAGCAUUUCGAGCGGUUCGUUUUACGCCAAAACCGGAGUAAGAGUGUUGACGAUCUGUUUUGGAUCAACCUUGACUCCACUGCUCGAUGGACUGGAAAAUCGAAUUUGGGACGAAAGUACAGUAAAUGAAUUGCAAACAGCUGUAAGGAUUCCCCAGAAGGUUGAAAGUGCUUCUGCAGCUGUACUUAAGAUAUUCAAGGAAGGUCCAAACGGUUCCAUAUGGCUAUCAAACGAUGACAAACCCGCUCAGGAUAUUACACCAGAAAAAAUGAAAGAUCAAUUCGUGUCAGAAGGAAAAACUUUCUUGGUGACGGGCGGCGCCUCAGGCUUAGGGGCACGCUAUGUCGAGACUUUUGUCAAGCAAGGGGCAAAGGGCGUUGCGAUUUUGGACGUGCAAGUUGAGAAUGGCAAAAAGCUAGCAGAACGUUUAAGUAAAACUUACACCAGUAAUGUAAUAUUUGUGGAAUGCGACGUUGCCAAUGAGAAGGAAGCAGAUGAAGCGUUUAAAAUAGUAUUACAACAAUUCAAACGGCUAGAUGUGAUUAUUAACAAUGCCGGAAUAAUGGUUGAUAAUGCAGCCAGCUGGAGAAAAGCAAGCGACGUUAAUUGGCAAGGGUUGGUCGACUUCACAAUGAAAGGUGUCAAGCAUAUGAGGAAGGACGAGGGAGGAGCUGGAGGCACGAUCAUAAAUGUAUCAUCAAUCGCUGGAAUUUGCCGAUUCCCCUUCUUGCCUAUUUAUUGUGGUUCAAAAGCUGCAGUACUUCACUUUAGUCAGAGCAUUUCGGGCGGUUCGUUCUACGCGAACACCGGCGUGAGAGUAUUGACGGUCUGUUUUGGACCAACUUUAACUCCGCUGCUCGAUGGACUGGAAAAAAGAGUUUGGGACAAAAGCACUGCAAAUGAAUUGAAAACAGUUGCCAGUUAUCACCAAAAAGCUGAAAGUGCUGCUGAAGCUGUACUCAAGAUAUUCAAGGAAGGUCCAAGCGGUUCCAUAUGGCUAUCAAGUGAUGACAAACCCGCUCAGGACAUUACACCAGUAGUUAGUGAAGCAUUUGCAGAUCAAUACGCGUCAGAGGAAAAAACUUUUUUGGUGACGGGCGGCGCGUCAGGUUUAGGGGCGCACUAUGUUGAGUCCUUUGUCAAGCAAGGGGCAAAGGGCGUUGCGAUUUUGGACGUUCAAGUUGAUAAUGGCAAAAAGCUAGCAGAACGUUUAAGCAAAAGUUACACCAGUAAAGUAAUAUUUGUGAAAUGCGACGUUGCCAACGAGAAGGAGGCAGGUGAAGCGUUUAAAAUAGUAUUGAAAGAAUUCAAACAGCUAGAUGUGGUUAUUAAUAAUGCCGGAAUAAUGAUGGAUAAUGCAGCUACCUGGAGAAAAGCAAGCAACGUUAAUUGGCAAGGACUGGUCGACUUCACGAUGAAGGGUGUCAAGCAUAUGAGGAAGGACGAGGGAGGAGCUGGAGGCACGAUCAUAAAUGUAUCCUCAAUCGCGGGAAUUUGCAGAUUCCCCUUCAUGCCUAUUUAUUGUGCCACAAAAGCUGCAGUGAUUCACUUUAGCCAGAGUAUUUCGGGCGGUUCGUUCUACGCGAAAACCGGCGUGAGAGUAUUGACAGUCUGUUUUGGACCAACCUUGACUCCGCUGCUCGAUGGACUGGAAAAAAGAGUUUGGGACGAAACCAUGGCAAAUGACUUGGAAACAGUUGCCCGUUAUCACCAGAAG